CAGCUGAACACCAUGAUCCUCAACACAGCUACUCUCACUGCUCUUGCCUUCACUCUCUGUGGUCUGGAGGCCCUGGUCUUGACCCAGGAGAAAUCUCUAACAGCUCAGCUGGGGCAGAAUGUGAAGAUCCCCUGCUCACCAAGCACCGGUAGCUAUCAGUUAGCAUGGUACCAACCGAAGGAUGACGGAGUGAAGUUCUUAUUAGUAGACGGCACCAGAGCUACUGGACUAGCCAGCAGAUUCACUUACUCUAGAUCUGGGAGUCAGAUGUAUCUGCACAUCAAUGGAGUAACAGCUGAAGAUGAGGCCACUUAUUAUUGUGCCUGCUACAACUGUGAGUCAACCGGUACUACUAUUUUCGGUGGAGGAACCAAGCUACGAAUUACCCGUCCCUCAUCCCCCCCUGAGCUGGUGGAGCUGGCCCCCUCCCAGGCCCUUUCCUCUGGGGACAGGCCUACUGUGGUGUGCCUGGCUCAGGGCUUCUACCCUGAUGGUGCCACCCUGAGCUGGUCAGAGGAUGGCAAAGAAGUGGCGGCCACUGACUUCCAGACGGGCCCGUCUCAGCGCCAGUCUGAUGGCACCUUCUCCCUCAGCAGCGUCCUGACGGUGCAGCCGCAACGCUGGCACUCUGGCCGUUCCUACAGCUGCCAGCUGCAGCACUCUGCCCUCUCCAGGCCUCUGAGCAAGGCUGUGGACAAUGCUCACUGCAGAUAGACGGGCUACAGUGGACAACGCUCACUGCAGCUAGACAGGCUACAGUGGACAACGCUCACUGCAGAUAGAUGGGGACAAUGCUCUUCCUAAUUGCAUGCAUUCUUCUCUCUGC